AUGACUCCCGCUAAGCUGAGUUAUCAGUGUUUAUCAGUCUGGUUUUUAAAAAGGCAAGUGGCCCGUUAUAAGUCUGAUAGGAGAUUUGCCGACACUAGCAAACGUUGUACUUUUCGUCAAGUUGGGUUCCUGGAUAAAUACUACAUCCAGACCUCUCUAUCUCUUACCUUGGACAGAAGGUCAUCUGCUGGCAGUUUCCCUAGUCAAGUUUUUACCUGCCCUAUCAUUACACCUGUCCAUUUAAAUUUCCGAACCUCUCUUCGGAUAUUUACCUCAAACUUUCGACACUUCCAGAUGUCAUACGAGACAUGGCCACACGCCCUACCACUCGCAGCCCAACAAGUUCACUUUGAAAAAACUCAACGAGCGACACAGUGCGCAGGGAGAUGGCUCCCGCACGGCGCACACCACGCGCAGACCGCCGACGGCGUCGUGCAUGAUGCACCAACAUGUCCGUAUCUUUGA